AUGGUCAAGCAAAUCACAAGUGUUUCUGAAUUCGACAGUGCUAUUGCUGUUGACAAGUUGGUCGUUGUCGACUUCUUCGCCACCUGGUGUGGUCCAUGUAAGAUGAUCGCCCCAAUGAUCGAAAAGUUCGCUGCUGAAUACUCUACCGCUGACUUCUACAAGCUAGAUGUCGACGAGUUGCCAGAAGUCGCCCAAAAGAACGAAGUCUCCGCUAUGCCAACUUUGGUCUUGUUCAAGAACGGUAAGGAAGUCGCCAAGGUCGUCGGUGCCAACCCAGCUGCUAUCAAGCAAGCCAUUGCCAACAACGUCUAA